AUGCGAGUUGCUUUACUCCGUUUUCCCUGCGUUCUCCAUUCUGUUGUUAGCUCGAUACUCCCGGCACCUCUAGACCUCUACGAUUGCGAGGAGAGCUUGUUGGGCACCCACAGCGAACCCUCGAUAGAUGUAGAGCAGCAGAAGGAAGCCGUGUGCUUUGGGCUGUAUGAAUGUACGACAGUGUAUGGUGGUAUGUGCUACCAUCCAGCUGCAUCCCUAGGCUCGCCAUUGCUUUGCCGGGACGCCCCCUCCACGAUUGAUUACACUAGAACACCAUCCGAAGGCACAGUCGACGAGUCCCCAGCCGAUGCUCUCCCUGUCGGUGAGUACUGCGGAGGUUCCACCGAACUCCCCCCGGAUGCUGAAGUGGUCAUCAAUGUCCGCCAAUCAGCGGUUUUUGACAUUAUCAUACCGCGGUACUUCUCUAUAACAGGCAUACGUCUAUACGACAUCGACAGCAGUUACCCCUAUGGCAACAUGGUAUUCGACCUCUCCCACCAUCGUAUUCAGUCAAUGUUUGGGGAGAUCCUACAGAAGAAUCCUGGUUACGUCUAUUUCAUCUACGACCCGGUUUUGGAAGUGAUUCAGGCUCAACUCGGACAUCUACCUCUACACACUUCUCGUCACCUCUGCUUUUGA